AUGCCAACUGUUCCAUGUAACCUAGCAGAUCAAAACAAGUAUAAGGAAGAAAAUUCUGUAAAUGAUGAAGGGAAUGCAUACGCUUAUUGGGAUCCAACGCUUCUCCUCAACAAGCUUUAUGAGAUUAGUUAUGAACCUCGGAAGGAAUCAAAGCUCAAUCGUUUCACUAAUAUGGAAGGGCAUCUCGAAGUUCCUGUAGAGGACCAGAGCAUUUAUGCUGAAUUACAGAAGAAUUGGGUACAGCGGUAUUUUCGAACAAGAGAUGGACGCUUACAAUGGUUUGCAUCACAUUUCGCAGAUGAUACACCAGUGGGUGAAGUGCUGCUUUCCGGUUGUGAAGUAGAUGCCAAUAAAGAUGAAAAUACUUUGUAUAUACAUGGUGGGAAGAAUCAUAUUCGAAUGAUAUUGAAGAUUCCUCCUGGAAUAAAUGUGUUUGAUAAAUGGAGAAAGGCUGUGAACAGUCAUGCAGCAUCUUCUUAUCUCGACACAUUCGUUAAUCCUGUAUAUCCACCGAUGCCUCAUAUCACUGAGAAAGUCUUAAUAAUUGAGCUCGGAUCGUGUUCAAUACGUGCUGGUGUUUUGACAAUGGAGCCUUCUUUACCACAAUCAUUUUUUCCGUCGGUCGUUCUUGCUAGAGACGAUGGUAAAUUAAUUGUUGGUACUGAGGCACUGAUACCAAAGAACCGCUGUAAUGGUGAGCUGAUCAGGCCUUUACGUGCGACAGAUACCUCAUUGGAGCGGUAUGUUUUUCAUCGGUCAGCUUUGAAAGCGUGUUUGCAGAAGUGUGUAGAUGAUUUGAAGAUCGAUCCAAUCAAGUACCGGGUUCUACUUUCCAUCCCACAAAAUAUUUCUACUUUCCUCAUUUCGAAUUUAUUAAAAAUUGUGUUGGAAGAAAUGUGCUUCCAGGGUGCGGCAAUAUCGCGUCAACCGAGCCUUAUAUUAUAUGCUUACGAUGUGGCUACUGGUGUUGUGAUUGAUAUCGGUGACUGUUUAAAUAUUGUGCCAGUAAUCGAUGGCUAUGUUGUUGACAAUGCCAUUGUGUCAUUGCCCUAUGGUGCGGCUCACAUUGUUAACUCUUUACAAGGAAAACUGAUGGAAUCAAGCGUCAGUGGCUAUUCUUUUCAGUCUCCUGUUGAAAUGCUCAUUUCUCGUUAUGUAAUGGAACAGGCUUGCUUUGUUGCUACCAGUUAUGAGGAAGAAGUAGAAAAAUGCACUAAUAAUAGCUCUUCAUUGGACGUUUUUAAGCCAACAGAUAAAAUGACGUCUUUAUUCAAGAUUAAUUCGGCUCGUUUCACUGCUACUGAAGGUUUAUUCAAACCCAAAAAAUGGGGUCUUGAUAUAAAACCUCUUCAUCAACUAGUUUUUGAAGCAGUUCAAUCGUCACCAAUUGAUAGUAGAAAAACUUUGUUCAGAAAUAUAUAUUUGGCUGGUGGUGUAUCUUUACUACCUGGUUUAGCGGAAAGACUGGAAAUAGAAGUUGCUUCACUUGUUGCACCAAUUAUACAUACCCAGGUCCAUCUUUCUCCAUGGAGAUGUAACGCAGCAUAUCUUGGUGCUCAGGUGAUCGCUUCAAGUACUCAAUUUGAUCAGACUUGUAUUACACUUGAAAAUCUUGACGAUUUCAUUCAAAAUUUACAGAAUUCCAAUUUCUAG